AACCAUCGCCCCUUCACGAACUUAAUCCCCUCUCUCUACUCGUGUUUUCACACACAGACUACAACUUUCUCAAAACCACUCAGCUCGAGAUGUCCGCAAAGAGAAAGCUGGACCCAACCGUUGAGGAAGAGUUAAUUGUACAACCUCCGCCCCCCUCCGCCCCCCUCCGCCCCCUCGGUUUCCGUUCUUCCAAUCCCUGCCGCUGACCACGGAGCUCUUGAUAGGAUGAAUCCGACCAUCUUACCUUCCUCUGCCUUGGUGGUGGAAAUGAGGUCGGACGCUCGUGCCACAUCUUAAAGUACAAAGGAAAAACGGUUAUGCUCGAUGCGGGGGUCCAUCCCGCCUACGAGGGACUGGCCGGACUGCCGUUUUACGACCAAUUCGACCUCAGCACUGUGGAUGUUUUGUUGAUUAGUCACUUUCAUUUGGACCAUGCAGCAAGUUUGCCGUACGUUAUGACGAAGACGAAUUUCAGGGGCAGGGUCUUCAUGACCCACCCAACAAAAGCGAUUUACAAGUGGUUGAUUCAGGACAGUGUACGAGUUGGGUGAGCUUCUCGCAGAACAUGUGAUGGAUGGAGGGGAUGCCGGAUGUUGAUUGGGGCUGAUAGGAACGUCCAUAAUUCGCCGGACAAUCUCUACACCGAAGCGGAUCACCUCUCGAGCUAUUCCCGUAUUGAAGCUAUUGACUACCACACAACGCUUACGCAUGCCGGUAUUUCAAUUACCCCGUAUCAUGCCGGGCAUGUGCUUGGGGGUGCCAUGUUCUUCAUCGAGAUAGCUGGUUUGAAGAUUCUGUUCACUGGCGAUUACUCCCGUGAGGACGACCGGCAUUUAGUAUCUGCUGAAGUCCCUCACCAGAAGCCUGACUUACUAAUUUGUGAAUCAACCUAUGGCACAGCCACCCACAUGCCUCGUCUGGAAAAAGAAGCACGACUGAUGAAAAUGACUACCGAAAUUCUCAACCGCGGUGGGAGAGUAUUAAUGCCAGUGUUUGCCCUAGGUAGAGCACAAGAACUACUCCUAAUUUUAGAUGAGUAUUGGGAGAAGCAUCCGGCGUACCAGAGCUACCCUAUAUACUACGCAUCGAACCUGGCUAGAAAGUGUAUGGAUGUUUACAGGACAUAUAUAAAUACCAUGAACGAUAAGAUUAAGCGCGCCAUGUUCGAGGGCGAGGGGAGAAAUCCUUGGGACUUCAGAUGGGUUAGGUCGUUAAAGACUAUUGAUCGGUUCGAGGACGUCGGCGGCUGCGUUAUGUUAGCCAGCCCGGGUAUGCUGCAGGUAAAACUCUCUCCGUGUCCAGCUUUUCUACCCGGCCUCCCAGCCCUACCCAAAGCUCCUCGGCCGCGCUAUCCACACCAUGUGCUUGGGGAGCAAUCUAUCUUUGAGGGGCAGCAGGAAUGCCUCCCCCCCCCGAUAUCUCGAUAUCGUAGACUAUACUCUCAUUUUGUACUGGAAAGCUUUCAUCCGUCUGCCAGAGGCCAUAUUACAUCAUGUUUUAUAAUAAAUAUAGUGCUUUUUCACUUCAUUGUCCUCAUCACCACUAUUUGCUCCUGCCCACAUCAAUCCAUUCCAUGAACCCCGCUAACGUGCCAUCACCCUCCAGAACGGUGUCUCCCGUGAGCUUCUAGAGCGCUGGUGCCCGGACCCACGCAAUGGCCUGGUAAUAACCGGCUACAGCGUAGAGGGCACAAUGGCUAAGCAGAUAAUGAAUGAGCCCACCGAGAUCCCCGCCGUCGUGACCGCCAAUCGCGGCGGCUCCACUGCCAACCGUGGCGUCGAUGGGCAGGUGAUGGUUCCCCGCCGGUGCAGCGUCGAGGAAUUGUCCUUUGCGGCACAUGUAGACUACGCUCAGAACUCGGGCUUCAUAGAGGAGGUCGGGGCAAAGGUUGUCAUCCUGGUGCAUGGGGAGCAGAACAAUAUGGGGCGGCUCAAGUCUGCCCUACUUAGCAAGAACAGUGACCGAAAAGAUAAGGAUAAGGUUAAGAUAUACAACCCCAAAAAUUGCGAGGAGUUGCGUAUCCCAUUUAAGGCGGAUAAGAUCGCAAAGGUACCUUCCCCUCCCCGCCUUUCCCGCUUCACCAUAACCACACCUCGCUCACUCACUCAUUCACUCACUCCUCAGGUCGUCGGCAAACUUGCGCAAAAACCCCCGGGGAACCAGACACUUGCACUGAAGGAGCAGCUGCUCACCGGCGUGCUCGUGCAAAACGAUUUCAAACUCUCCCUCAUGACGCCCGAUGAUCUUCGCGAGUACGCGGGCCUAACGACCACCGUCGUUAGUUGUCGUCAGAAGAUCCCGAUGCGCGCGGCAGGCGUCAGCCUCGUGCGCUGGAGUCUGGAUAACAUGUUUGGCGCGGUGGUGGAUAUUCCCGAUGACGAUGGGGAGUCGUCAGUGGAGGAGGAGGAGAAGAGCAGCGCAGACGAGGAUAACGAUAUGAGCGACGAGGAGGAAGAAGGCUUGAAGCGUAAGAACGGGAAUACCUUCAAGAUUAUGGACACCAUCACCGUUCGCUGCAGAAAGGGCUACGUCGAGAUGGAAUGGGUUGGGAACAUGUUGAACGAUGGCAUCGCCGAUGCUACGGCCGCGGUCUUGAUGGGAUUGGAAACUAGUCCUGCUGCUGUUCGACGUUUGUCCCCCCCCCCCUCGCUACUCCCACGCCGCUCUAGCAACAUCUAAUGACUAAUGGAAAUAACGAUAGACUCCUCAACGACAGCAACGCACACCCAUACCCACUCCUCCGCCCUCUCCGAAAUCCCUGAAACCUCCCCGCACGCACAUAUUCGCCAUUCCGACCGCAUAGAACAGGUGCUCACAUUCCUAGAAGCUCAGUUCGGCGAAUGCGUUACUCCCCUCCCACCCGGGUCGCAACCCGCUUCUUCCUCCACUGCCCUGCCACCCAAAUCGAUCGCAGAGGCUGCCACCACCACCGCCGCCAUCACCGAUAGUAGAGCUGCGACCGAGGAAAUGGACGUCGUACAGGAAAUGAGGGAGGUGGUGCCGGGGGUUCAGAUCAAAAUCGAUAAUAUCGUCGCGAAUGUCUGGUUUGAGAACCUUGAUGUUGAAUGUCGGAGCGAGAGUUUGAAAAUGAGGGUUAAGACGGUUGUCGAGAGGGCUGUGGAGACUGUUGCGCCGUUAGUGGACUUGCUUGGGGGGUACUAA